UUGCAAUGGCUAAAGAUUAUUACAUGAACCCGAACUCUAAGAACGCUGCCCGAUGGAAGGCGUUAAAGAGGAAUGUGAAGAAAAGUAGUAGUCACCAGAUAGGACAUACAGAACAUCGCCGGAAACUCGGCUCACUACCUGAUUACCUGCCGCUCUUUACAUAUUUCAUUAUAUUUGCUCAGUUGGUUUCUUUCAUCGUAAUAUAUGGUCUACAUGGGGUAACAUUGAUUGGUGUAGAGCCAAAACUUACAGUGGAGUCUGGUAUACAGACUUUCAUGGGCAUGGAGACCAUACACAAGUGGACAGCACCAAAUGUUUGGAUAGGUCCAAGUGAAAAGAGCUUGAUAGGAGUGGGUGGUGUAUUUGCACCAUGUAUGAGAACAGAUCUACAGCUUCAGUUUGAACAAUCUAAACAGAACUACAGCACUGACACACCACUAGGAUGUUGUGAGGUCUCUACCAGAAAUGUAGCGGGUACCACAACACAGGCUGAGUGUGACAAUCUUACUGAAGGGAUAGGGAAGUGGAAUGCCGAUGUGACCUGUAACAAGCGACCUGUCAACAAAGCUGGAACUAGACACAAUAUGAAACCAUGUUGCCUUGGUUUGAAAGGACAGUGUCGCCUCAUGUCUCACAAGCACUGUGCCUUUCUCGGUGGAGAAUUUUACCUGUUUGGACCGGAACAUUGUAGUCAGGUGAUGUGCCUUGAGAACAUAUGUCACCCUGGUCGAGUUACAGCUUCCGGUUUAUUACCAUGGCAACCAGACUCUCCUGCCCAGUGGUGGCGUGUACCACUUUCACUACUUUAUCACCAUGGCAUUAUACAGUUUCUUGUUGUCAUGGUCACGCAGUGGUUUCUCCUCACUCAAAUAGAGGUGACAGCAGGCUGGUUUCGAAUGCUCAUCAUUUAUAUUAUCUCAGGCACAAUGGCUUUGCUGACAUCAAGUAUAAUGUUGCCAUACGAAGUACAUGUAGGUGGGAUGGGAGCUGUGUGUGGAAUGCUCGGUGUGGUAAUCAUUGAACUCUUCCAUUUCUGGAAACUUGUGGACAGACCAUGGCUCGAGCUUUUGAAAUUAUCAGUUGCAAUUAUCCUUCUAUUUCUCCUUGGUACUUUACCAUAUUUGGACAUUUUUGGAAUGAUAACUGGUUUAAUAAGUGGCGCCCUCUGUGGAGUAAUAUUUUUGCCGUAUGUCACAUUUGGAAAGUGGCAUUGCCCCGUGAGAGUUAUUUUGAUUGUUAGUGCAUCAGGUCUACUGAUUUUAAUUUGUUACUUCCUAUUGCAUUUGUUUGUUGCUGUUCAGAGUUUAGAGAAUUGUGAGGGUUGUAAGAAGUUAAAUUGUGUGCCAUAUACAGAAAAAAUGUGUGACACAUCCCUGUGGCAUCAGUUUUAGAAAUUAAUAUGCAUACAAUUGUAAAUCAAGUGUUAGCAAUUAAACUAUUUUUUGUACAGAAAUAUUGAUGAGAAUAAAAUGUAUUCAUAUGAACUUUUUUAGAACAAAGAAUUUCUUCAAUUGAAAGAUGCUACGUUUUAUGAAAUAAACACGUAAUUAUAGAAACUGUUUCUGAUUAUGAGUCAUUUAUUAAUCUACUGAUCACUAAGUGCCCUGAUGCAUACUGACAGGAUUUUGUGAUUCAGACAUUUUUGGGGAAAUUAUGGCCCUUUUUUUCCCAAAUCAGAAAUACACUUGUUCUCAACUGCUUCUCCAUUUCUCAUGAGAUUUUGACUAAACAUUCACAAAAGUUUUGUUUUAAAUUGUAAAAUGCUGACAAUAUGCAUCAGCAACAAGGGCCCAUGAUGAAU